AUGCAAACGAACGAAUUACAAGAAGUGGCGCUGGCCCUGCGCACCGCGCGCGACAAUCGAGCCCCCAUCACACCACCCACCAAGACCUGGCCCGCUCUUGACGCGGACUCGGCUUUCGAGGUGCAGCGACUGAAUGUCAAGCACGCCGUCAGCAACGGUGAUCGCUUGGUCGGUUACAAGCUCGGAAACAUAGCCAAGGUCAUGCAGGACGCAUUUGGCCUCGAUCAACCAGACUACGGCUUCCUUCUGGCCAGCACCUUUCUCUACGAGAGCACUACCGUUCAUCUCGACCACUAUAUCAAGCCCUACGUGGAGCUGGAGCCUGCUUUUGUGCUGCGCAGCUCGCUCCGCGGUCCCAACGUGACGGUAGCCGAUGUGAUCAACGCCAUUGACUAUGCUAUACCUGCCAUCGAGAUCAUCGACUCUCGGGUGGAGAAUUGGGCGAUCGAUCUGCCCGACACUCUGGCUGACAACGGCUCCACUGCCAAUGUCAUUCUCGGCGGCACUCCCCGGAAGCUCACAGAUCUAAAGAGUCUGCGGGAUGUGCGGGGUACGCUCCAGUUUAAUGGUCGGGAGGUGAUGGAUGGAAACACGGGGAAUGUGCUGGGUAAUCCCCUGUCGGCAGUGGCCUGGUUGGUGAAUCGACUGGCUGCGUACGAUAUUGAAUUUCAAGCCGGCCAGGUGAUUCUACCUGGCAGUUGUCUCCAGGCCGUGCCGAUGAAUAAGCCCGGGAAGUGGAGGUGUACUUUUGAGGAGUGGGGCACUAUCGAGUUUGACGUCGCGUGAGCGUGUUUGGUCUUUGGGUAGUCAAGGCGGGG